AAAAUUGCACCAAAAAAUAUAUUCUACUACCAUCUAUCAUAUACAUUUUAUAUCAAUCUCCAUCCAACUUUUCUCAACCCCUAUUUUAUAUAAUUAGAAUCAAAACUUCGACAUUAUCAAUAUUGUUAUUCAUAGCAGAUUUUUACGUACAUUUCUUUAAUGGGUUCGAUUUCCAAAGUUAGUCAUGAAACUUUUCUCGACAAACAAUUCACCCUACAAAAUUUUCCUAACUUACCCAUACUAGAAAAUUUAAAAUUUUUAGCCAUACUAAUUCUUGGUUUAGUUGAAUCAUUUCUCAUAAUACAAAAAUAUAACCUAUUUUAUCAUAUUAUCCCCAUUUUAUGGAUUAUUUCUUACACUUCACUCCAAUUUUUUCUUCUUUCAAGACCUCCUAAAAUAUUUUUGGUUGAUUUUUCAUGUUUUAAACCCCCAAGUCAUUGUAGAAUCCCAUUAUCAUCCUUUGUAGAACAUGUUCAUAUGUUUGACUACUUUGACCAACAAAGUGUGGAUUUUAUGUCCAAAAUUCUCGGGUCAUCGGGCCAAGGCCCGGAAACUUAUCUCCCACCAUCUCUACAUUAUAUCCCUCCAAAAUCCACAUACUAUAACAUCAUUGAUGAAGCUAAAAUGGUUCUUUUUCCUAUAAUGGAGGAUCUUUUAAUUAAAACAAAAUUAUCCCCCCAAGAAAUUGAUAUUAUUAUUGUUAAUUGUAGUGUUCUUUGUCCAUCCCCUAGUCUAUCUUCUUUAAUUGUCAACAAAUUUAACCUUAGGCCCGAUAUUAAGUCCUUUAAUAUUACUGGAAUGGGCUGUAGUGCUAGUAUGAUUGCUAUGAGUUUGGCCCAAAACCUUCUUUUGGUCCAUAAAGAGUGUAAUGCAGUUAUCUUAAGUACUGAGAUUGUUAGUGCGGGCUGGUAUCCGGGUAAUGAGCCAUCCAAACUAUUUAUGAAUUGCCACUUUCGGAUGGGGUCAGCUGCUAUACUAUUAUCCAAUCGAAAACAAGUCAAAAAUACGUCGAAAUAUGAACUAAAAUUGAUUUCAAGGGUCCAACGGGCUUUUGAUGAUCGGGCCUAUAAAUGUGCUUAUAGAGAAGAGGACUCAAAUGGGCUUAUUGGGGUGACCGUUUCAAAAGAUGUCCCCGGAGUGUUUGCUGAAUUGCUCCAUGAUCAAUUAAUCUCUCUGGGAUCCCUAAUGUUACCCACGUACGAGAAGUUCAAAUUUGUUACGUCUAUUAUUAGAAAGAAGUAUUUUGUGAAAUCAGCUAAAAUUUACGUGCCAAAUUUUAAAACAGUAGUGCAACAAUUUUGUUUACCGGUAACGGGUAAACAGGUUAUAAGGAGGAUCGGAAAAGGGUUAAGGUUAGGAGAGGCGGAUAUGGAGCCAGCUUUAGCUACAUGGCAUAGGUUCGGAAAUAUGUCUUCAUCGUCUUUUUGGUAUGAAAUGGCUUAUUUAGAAUCUAAAGAAAGAAUUAAGGAAGGGGAAAGAGUUCUUUUGAUUGGAGCGGGAAGUGGAAUGAAGUGUACUAGUGUUGUAUUACAAUGUAUUAGGCCCAUUUUCGGUGAGUCCGAAAAGGGUCCGUGGGCUGGUUUUAUUGACAAAUAUCCUGCUUCGGCGAUUUAACACCAUCUUAAUGCUUAUAACGUAGAUCUUAUCCCGUUUAGAGAAAAUAAUAUUUUUUCAAGAUAAGAUCUAAGAUUUGUUUAAGUGCAUGGAAAAAAAUAAAUCAUACGUUGUGGUGUCUUUUCAACAUAGCUUAAGAAUAUAGUAUACGAUUUCAUCUCAUUGUAAAAUACUUUUAUAUAGUAGUAUAAGAGUGUUAUUUUUCAUUGUUGUAUGUAUGGAUUUUUUUGAACUAAGUAUAGGAGGAGAUUCUUAGCACUAAUAUAUGAAGAGAUUCUCUCCAACUUAUCAGAA